AUGUCGUUGAUAGAGAAUGAGGCCUUGAGUGAAGUUCUUCAGACACAAGUCCCCAAGGCGGGACUGAGCCACCCGUUCGUGAUGCAUGGUAUCCUGGCUAUAUCAGCGCUGCAUCUUUCCCAGCAAUGCUCUGGACAUCGUCGCCAGAUGUAUACGGAUAUCGGAAUGCGACAUCAGAGCCAUGCAUUGUCGCUUUUUGUACCGCUUCUUAGCGAUGUGACCCCUGAAAAUGGCGGCAGUCUUUUCGUCUGCUCUUUUCUUAUUUCCGGUUUUUCGUUCGCUUUCCAUGGCCUCAUGACUCAACCUUCCUCCAUGCGUGUGAGCGAAGUAAUUGAAGUCUUCAAAUUAGUCCGCGGGACAGCUUCGAUUGUGGAAAGGGCUCGGCCGUGGAUCGAAGAGGGUGAUAUGCGGCCUCUGUUAAAAUUAACUAGGUGUGCACAAGGAACUCCCCGGUCAAGACAUAUUCAUGAAAUGAAUACUCGCCUUGAAGCGCUCAUCGACCAUCAAGUAGACGCAAACCACCAUCCCCAGCUUACGAGUAGUACGCGGGCUGUCAUAGUUCGCUCUACUCGGCACCUUCUUGAAGUUUGUGUUUCUUCUAUCGCUAGCGAUAACCAAACUACCAUUCUCGCCUGGCCUGCGAUAAUUGAUGUUGAGUACUUGGAUCUUCUGCAACAAACCCAGCCAUGGUCUUUGGUGACACUCGCUCACUAUGGGGCCGUUCUCCAUGUUAUGACCAAUGCCUGGUGGAUGGCCGGCUGGGGCAAGUUCUUGGUCAAUGUUGCCGCGGCAUACUUGGAUGAAACUGGACGAUCGGCGAUUGCCUGGCCUUUAGCCGUCGUCAGUGAGAAGGCCGAUGAGUGA